UUCCUUUAUCAAUACCCCGCUCAAAAUCUUCUUUCUUCUCCUCUUUCCAUAACUGUGUCACACACACAUGUGAAAUCACCCGUAGCUUCGUACCAUUGUAGUAAGUGAUUAUGGGGAAAUACAUGCGUACCCGUGCCAGAACCAAAAACAUAGACGUCUCUCACUCACCCCUUGGCGUCCGUACCCGCGCCAGAACCUUAGCCCUCAAAUCCUCCGCCUCCGAUUUUCUCCAGCUCCGCUCCCGCCGCCUCCAGAAGCCGCCGCUCCUCCAGCAAUACCUCCACAAUUCCCCCAAAAUACCGCCUCCUCCUAAACAGUGCCUCGUUUCUACACAUAAUCAAAACCCCCAAAUUGAGCCCGCCAACGAAGUUGGGAAUGAAGCAUCUCAAAUGGCGGCUUUGGAAAUUGAGGCAUCUUUUGGCGAAAACGAUUUGGAUACGGAACCUAGACAAAGGUGCACCAGAGAAAGCACCCCUUGUAGUAUGAUUGGAGGUGCUGGCAGUAUCACGGCACACGGGUCUUCAACAAAGCAGCUAAGUCCCAAUAUCUCCAAUCAAAGGGCCCCAAGAAAUAUCCCCACACCUCGCGAGAUGGAUGAAUUUUUUUCCCAUGCAGAGCAGCCCCACGAUCGCCUUUUCAUCGAAAAGUAUAAUUUUGACAUUGUUAACGAUUUGCCCCUCCCCGGGCGUUAUGAGUGGAUAAAGAGUGAUGGCAUGGGCAGUGUUGGUUGUAUCUUAUGAUCUUAAGAAAGAAGGGGUAAAAUAUGGUAUUAGCCACUCACUCCUGCAAUAGUAUUAGAAUCAGCACAGAAUGUAACAUUAGGCUCUGAUAAAGUUCCAUUCAACUCGAAGUUAGUUAGUUAGGAACUAACUGUUCAUUGUCUUGGUGAUAACCAACCAGUCGGCCGGGACAUAAACGUCGAAUAUACACCUCUGCCUUUUUAUCAGAUAUCAGGGCAUUUAAAUGCAUUUGAGCCACAAACUUGAGGGCAUAGAUCAUUUCUUUAAAUUGCUGUGUUUAACUGAAGCACAGAUGAAUUCAGUAGAGAAUUGGUGUUUGAAUUGUGAAAAAUUUCAUUGUGGGCUUCAGGCUCUGGUGAGCAAAUAUGAGUUUACGUGAAGCAGCAA